CUGUUUCACGGGCGCAGCCUCGACCUCCAAAACCUGCUCGACCUUGCAGUUCAACUUGCAGGGACUGAGCGACGACCAAGGCGUAGUGACGAAGACUACUUUAUACAGCCCAAGAACACAUUAAUCCUCUACCGACGUGAAUUCUGCUUGCAGAGGAACGAGGCAGAGGCUGCUAGUGGUGCAGGGAUUGGGACCGUAGAAAUAAUAUAA